UUUGCCAUUAUCUGUCUUGUAUACAAUGAAUCCCCUUCUAUAUAUAACUAAGUGAAAUAAGAAGCUACAUUCUCCGACAUCGCAAUCCCCGUUCCGACAAGCUCUUUAUGGUAACACAAGUUUCUCAUCAGCCAGACUUUUUUUCUUUGUUUCCGAGGUUUUAGUUUGGUAAGUUUUUCAUAAUAAUCUCAACUGAACUUCCGAGUUCUGCUAAUCUUGGAGGUCCUUUCUCCGAUUUUCAUCUCUUGUUAUUUUUUGUUCAUUUGAGUAAUCAACGACUUAAAGUAUGGAAGAUUGAUGUAAUCGUCGUGAAUUGCAGUAUUUUUCUUUUGGCAGAGAAGGUAAACAUACAAGCUCAAUGGCCACAGUUGGGAGAGUAGUUGGUAAGUACAGAUUGACUCUAAUGCUCCUGAGUCCUAACCUGUUCUUCACUAAAAGACAUAACUCUAUAUUACGUUUGAUACUUGUAUCAUUUCUUUUUCUUAUUCCCUGAUUAAAUGGCGAUUCCGUCUGGCUUCCCUUGUGAUGUAAUCUUGUUUUAUUCCACCAUUACAGUCCUGCUAUGGGUGGACAUACUAGCGAUGUAUGCCAUGUACGUAAUGAUGGCAUACUUGACCAACGUUUGGAAGCUUGGUUUCACCCACGCUGCUGCCAUCGUCAACAUUUUUUGGGGAGUGGUUACAGUAUUGCCAUUACUUCUAGCAUUCUUAGUGGACACCAUAUUGGGAAAUUACUGGAUGCUCUUGAUCUCCAGCUUUGCGUAUAGUGCCGGAUUGGGAUUUUUAACAAUGUCCACUCCGCCAGUUCUGUCAAAUGCUAUGGGAACCUGCAGCGAAUACAAGCCAGAAUGCAUCGGCCAAGGCCAAAAAGUACUUUUCUACACAGCGUUGCCUUUAAUAGCUUUCGGGAUGGCUGGCCAUCUGACCUCCUGGAACUCAUUCAUAGCUGAGCAGUUCAGCGGGGAAGAGGAAGAUCUAGAUCACAACACAUUUUGGCGUUUCUUUUUCAGUAUUUUUGCUGUUAUCAUCACCACAAUUGUUGCAGUCUUAGCCCUCCCUUACAUAAAACCAUGGUCUCUUCGGUUUGGAAUUCCAGCCAUAUGUACUCUCGUUGCCACUCUCCUGUUUUUCAGCGGCUCGUGUUCCUACAAGUAUUUGAGGCCAACAGGAAGCCCUUUGACGAUGUUCAUCCGUGUGUUCGUGGCUGCUGCUUCCAAGUUGUUCUAUACAACUCCAAGAGAUGUUAAGGAACUAUAUGAGAUCCAAAAUCCCGAAAUUCACUCGGUUCCCCACACAAGGAGCCUCAGGUGCUUGGACAAAGCUGCAAUUCUGAUACCUACAAAACCUCGAGAGGAACAGGAAAAGAAUAUGUGGAGACUCUGCACGGUUACAGAAGUGGAAGAGACCAAAACCAUCAUACGCAUGAUUCCUGUCUGGAUGACUUUCAUAUUAUGUGGUGUCGUCUCAUCCAUCGGAUUCACCUACUUCGUUGAGCAAUUAGACCACCUGAACCACAAAGUUGGGCGCCUCACAGUCCCCAGUGUAGCCCUUCUCUGGUUCUACGAGCAAGCCCAAAAUCAAUGCACCAAACUCUAUGCUAAGUUUUCUAAUGCAUUAGGCGAAUCAGGGUCAAGAAAGUUCGCUCCAUCUUUCGGUAUUGCUGUAUCAAUGAUACUCGCGAUACUUUGCUGCAUCACCGCUGCCAAAGUGGAGAACCGAAGGCUUGGCGUGGUUCAAAAGCACGGUUUAGUCGACAAGCCAGACGAAACCGUUCCCAUGACCAUGUUCUGGUUGCUUCCGCAGUUUGUUCUGCUUGGGGCAUUUAACGGGAUUUUCAAUUACAGCACCAUUUGCUUCUUCAUCGAUCAAUCCCCUGCCACGACACGAAAUUACUUGCCGUUCUUCAUUAGUGGCGUGUUUGGUGUUGGGAUACUUGGAAGUGUUCUUUCGGUAUUUGUUGUGGGAAAAGUGAGUGAAAGCAGAGGGAAAAUGAAUUGGUUUCAGCACAACCUGAAUGGGAGUAGACUUGAUAAGUAUUACUGGACACUGGCUUGGUUGAUGGCUAUCAAUCUUGUAAUCUUUGUGGUGGUGGGUGUGUUUUAUCGGUACAGAGAAUCAGAGUUGGAAGAUCAAGAGGGUGAAGAGUUUGGUGGGAUUGAUGAGCCCUACAAUGAUGAUUCCAAGUGUUUCUGCUGCUGCUGUUAGAUGUAGGACAGAAUUGUUUCAAAGUUGCAAAAAUUUCUGCUUUUAGACAAGUGAUUUUUGUAAAAAAAAUUUGAAAGUUGUAAUAAAAUAAUAGUAUUCGCAGAAAAAUCACUUUUAAAAUCAAUUUAAUUGA